AUGGGAGAUCAUGUUGAUCCAAAUCAUAUAGUUGCACCUUCUAAGAUUUUAACAUAUGCAGAUAGACUCAAGGGUAGGAAAGAGCUUCCUAAAACCUCCGUGGAUCUUUCUUCUCUGCCAAACCCUACUUUGAAAGAUGGAAAACCUUCUAUUGAGAUUCCUAAUGAGUUAUAUCUGGAAGGAUGUGCGUUAUGGAAGUUUAGUCUUAUUGGAAGGUUAGACUUCAAAGAACUUAACUUUUCUGACGUGAAGAAAAACCUAGAACUUCAAUGGCAGAUGGGUGAAGGCCGGGUUCGCUUUGUUCCGUUGAAUAGAGGUUUCUUCAUCAUCAAGUUAUUGUCGCAGGAGGAUAAAGUGAAGAUUUUACAGGCUGAACAAUGGGUUGUUGCUCAACAGAAACUAAAUCUCAUGGAAUGGUUUCCUAGUUUUGAUGCUGACAAACAAAGAUCUUCACGUUCCACAGCUUGGGUCAAGUUUCCUGGGCUUCCAAUGGAAUUCUGGAUUGAAAAAACGUUACUUGCAAUGGGGAAAACUCUAGGAUCUCCUAUUGUGGUUGAUAAAAGAACGUUGGCACAUGAGUAUGGACACUUUGCUUCGGUCCUCAUUGAUAUUGAUUUUGCUGAGCUCAAAUCUGAUGAUAUUAAUGUCACUGUGGGAGAACGGAUGGGGAAUGUAGAAAGAAAACAAGAGGCUAUUGUGUUAGUUAACAAGCAACAGCAUCAUGAGAAAAAUGCUGGUACAGAAUGGAAAGAAGCUAGGCGAAAGAAAAAGGGAAAGACAGCUCAUGACACUGUUGAGUUGGAACAACAGUUGCAGGAUAGUUUAGCUCAAUCUGAAUCUUUUUUGCGUAUGGCAUCUGCUGAGGUUGAAAAACACAAGCAAGCCAUUCUUACGCAUUCGGUAUUAGCUAGUAAAGCUAGGAUUGAUAUUACAUCCUCGUCCACACCUUUGUGUAAUGCGCUUGAAGAAACUUCAGAAUUUGUCUCUAACAACAAGUUUAACAUCCUAAGUGACAAGGCUGGCAAUGAUGUUUUGGUUUUCAGUAAACUUGGUGAGCUUACAAAACAAGCUAAGAGGCAGCAGGUUAUAGAUAUGCAAAACAAAUUGAAUGCGUUAACUGAUCAGGAUCAUGAUUCCUUGUCAUACUCGGAUGAGACAUUGGGUAUUCGUGAUCGUAAGGAAUCAGUUCCUAAAUCCUCCUCAAACUCGGUUAAGCAAUUGAAGCUAAAUAAUAAACUCCAACCCAGAGUUUAA